UGUUGUGGGGAAGCCGCAACCGAGUGUAGAGAAGCUCUUCGUUGAUCAGCUCAAAACGCUCCCGGCAGUGGUGACUCCGAGGUCGUAUGAGCCCAGGUGUAAUAAGGAAAUCGAUGUUCAAGAUGGCACACACCGACGUGAGUAUUAACGCCAUGGCUGAGUCUGGAGGAUGUCGACGACGGUGUUUCAACAACAUCCUCUGGUUUACUGCUGUCUUCAGUGUGUCGGCACUGUUGCUGGAGUCAGUCAAGUCCUACACAACAUCACAGAUCACAUCACUAGAGAAACAGUUUGGACUCAGCAGUACAAAAAGUGGCCUCCUUCUGAGCUGCAACGAAAUCGGUUAUCUUGCAGCUAUUUUCUUCUUCAGCCAUUUUGGGGGAAAGCGUUGUAUACCUAGGAUCCUGUCCGUUGCAAUGGCUUUGUAUGGUAUUGCUAGUUUAAUGUGUGGUAUGUUACACUUCAUGGAUCCUGUAUCGCUGCCUUCUUUAGAUGAUCUUUCCUCCAACUAUUCCUCUCCACAAGGUGCCAGAUUGUGUCAGGAUUCCGUGCAGGAACAGGAGAGAUGUCCAGCCACGAAGGACCAAGCCACUGACAACGGUCGUUGGGUGUACAGUGUGCUUGCCGUGCUUAUGGUGUUACUAGGAGUGGGUAAAUCCCCACGGUUUGCCCUGGGUUUUCCGUACCUCGACAAUAACUCCCGUGACAAACAACAGUCAAGUUUACUGGCAGGAAUCAUAAUGACAGUGACGUUCUUCGGACCAGCUAUUGCACUUAACCUAGGUGGGUUUUUCAGCGCCAUGCCUGUUGAUCUUAGUGAUACCCGGAUGGAUCCUCUUCACCCACAAUGGGUCGGGGCAUGGUGGAUUGGGUUCCUGAUCUUUGGAUGUGUAUCUCUCCUUUUCGCUGCUCUCUUAGGCUGCUUUCCAAAGCGCAUGAAGAAACUCACCAAAAGACCCGUAAACGUCGAUAGCCACACCCUUAAGGAAGAGCUGUCAGAUUUACCCAAAUCGGUGGUGCGAAUAGUGCGGAACCCGGUGGUUGCUUGUCUGUUGCUGGCAAACUGCAGCGUGAUCUUCUUCGUGGGGGGAAACAUGGCAUUCGCCCCCAAAUACUUUGAGAACCAGUUUAUGAUACAGGCUUCGAAAGCCAACUUUAUAGCGGGUUUGGAAGAAUUUCUCUGGGCGACUGUAGGCAUUUUACUCGGUGGUAUUCUUACCAGCAAACUCAAGCUGACCAACAGGGGUUGUAUGAAACUGACCAUGAUGGUAGCACUGGUCGCGUCUUCCUGCUUUUCUCUCACUCUGCUAUUUGGAUGUCCUAAUCCCAGCAUCAAGGGACUGGGUGACAGUAGGCAUAACAUGACCAGCACUACCGACUGUGGGUGUGACGCCGAUGAAUUCAUGCCACUGUGUGGAGCUGACGGCGAGACGUACAUCAGUCCCUGUAUGGCUGGAUGCAAGUCUCAGAAUGGAACGACAUUCACUGGAUGCAGCGAGAUUCCUGGUGGCGAGGGCACAGCGGGCAGGUGUCCCACAGACUGUCCCUACCUUUACCCCUACGUCAUCGUUGACCUGGUGGCUGGAAUGGCAGGCAGUGUCUCUCUCAUUCCUGUACUCAUGACCAUGCUCAAGAUGGUUGAACCGCGUGAUAAACCCAUGGUCGUCGCCAUGACGUCAUUCCUCAAUGGGUUGUUAGGUUUUCUCCCAGCGCCAGUGGUGUAUGGAAAGGUCAUCGACAGCUGUUGUACGCAAUGGCACACGGACUGUGGUGAAGUUGGCGCAUGCGCCCUUUAUGACCUUCCAAACCUACGGUAUCGAAUGAAAUCCAUGGACCUUGGAUUCCAAGCAUUCUCGGCCGUUACCUACGUCGCAGCGUUUCUUCUGUUUAAAUGUGGGGUUGUUGAGGACGUCUCUGUGGCCGAAGAGGCAGAAGAGAAAAAAUUUCUUGAGAAUGAGCUUACUGAUAUGAAACAGUAACAACUGUUCCUAGCUAGGAGUAAGGCCGACUGUAUUUUUUCUUGCAUUCCCCUCUCCUACCCGCCCUGAAUUUUCAUUUCAAAAACUUAUAAGCAGCAAUGAAGUUUUCUGAUGUCAAUUUGAUGUGGCAGUGUUUGCCCUGGCGUACACGAAAUUACCCUCGCACACCAAUAAAAGUAAAGGUUACGUGGUUCAUAUUGUAUGUGCAUUUAUUAGAAAAGGUUUCCGAAGCAAAUCGACUUUAAUUUAAUCGAAUUAAUUCAAUGACUUUUGCAUGUUGAUCUAAAUUUUAACAUUUCAUAAAAUCAGUUAUGUUUUCAAGUAUGUUUUGUAUAUUUCAUAUUUUGAUUAUUUUCACCCUCCAGAACUCCUGGUUUUUGCUGGAGAUGAGAAACAGAAGAAUAUACUGAAUAUACUGAGUGUUACUCGUUUAGUAGACUACUUAUUAGACAAGACAAUACAUUCAAUGUACAGGCUACUGUUACGAAAUACAGAAAUACACAAAUUACACUUCUAUAAGCAAUAAUGUAUAGAUAAAAUAUACAUUAAAUCAAUUAAAUGUUUCUGAAUACUUUAACUCCUCCAGUGGUGUACGCCAAGGUUGCCUUUAAGUUCACAGAAAUAUCUUUGAGGGUAACCUCAAUCUGAGCGACAAAGAUGUGGACAACAUUUACUUUAAAGCGGUACAUAGGCUUCCCAGGAAACCAUUCCCUAACGACCCCACCCCGGACGCACCCGCCCCGAUCAUCGCAAAUUUUCCUUAACAUGGAGGAUAGGGACACGGUGUUGAAAUCUGCGAAGUUUCUUAAAGGCACAAGGUUGUCUAUUCGCACAGACCUCCUCGCGUAACUAAAAAAACAGAGGGCAAUAUUAUAUCGAAAAUCGCAGGACAUAUUCUCAAACAGGAGGUGCAGACCCGCGUAAGGCAAGUGGGGGUCGACCACUAGAACACUUCCUUCCCCUGGCAGAAACGCACUAUGCUAACGGGGGAUAUGAACCCGCCUUACGAAAUCUAACUUCGGACUUCACCCCCGAUCCUAAGAGUAUGCUAUGAUAUGCUUUGACAAUGAUGUCUUCUACUGUGUUAUACAUAUUUGACAUGUAUUAAAACAUUUGCAAGUCUGCAUAUGUCCUACAGUCAUAGUCAGAGACAAUACUAUUUAAACAAGUUUAUAAUGCAUAUUUAGCUCAUAAGUAUCCUGGAAUCUACAUCAAUGAUGCUUUUAUCAAUAUGUUAGUAGUACACUAUGGCAAUGAACGUUUCAAAAUGCCUGUGAAGUAUGUUGACAAUCUAUGGAAAUGCAUGUUUUCACAUUGGAGUGAGUAAAUAUUUUACGUCACAUCGGCAAUAUCUCAGCCAUAUCGUGACGAAAAAAAUUUAUACAAUACAAAA